UCCGGGGUGGGGACCAUGAGGCGCAGCCUGAAGAGGAUGCUGCGCACUGCGGGGAAGAAGGAGCCCCAGGGCGUGGUCUACCAGGGCGUGGAGGACGACAUGGGCGACUCCAAGGACUCCUUUAAGGUGGUUUUUGAAGGAAAUGCAAAUGAAUUACAAAGCUGUCUGAAGAAACCAAAGAAGCUACCCAAAUAUGAUGUGAACGCCUCCCCUUUGCAUUAUGCCGCAGAAGAAGGUGACAUUGGGCUGAUGGAGAUGAUCAUCAGUGACUCCUCUUGUGAAGUGCUCAGUGUGAUGGACGAUGAUGGAAACACCCCUCUGCACCGGGCUGCAGAAAAAAACCAGGCUGAAAGUGUUAGAUUUCUUCUCAGCAAAGGAGCCGACCCAAACCUCCAAAACAACAGCAUGAUGGCACCCCUCCACCUGGCUGUGCAGGGCAUGCACAACGAGGUGGUGCAGGUCUUGAUUGAGCACAGUGGUACAAAUAUUAAUUUGGAAGGAGAAAAUGGAAACACAGCUGUGAUAAUCGCGUGCUCCAGAGAUAACAGUGAGGCUCUGCAGAUGUUGUUAAGAAAUGGAGCUAAACCAUGUAAAUCAAAUAAAUGGGGAUGUUUUCCUAUUCACCAGGCUGCCUUUUCAGGAGCCAAAAAAUGCAUGGAAAUAAUAUUAAAGUUUGGCGAAGAAAAUGGAUAUAACAGACAGGCGCAUAUUAACUUUGUGAAUAACGGGAAAGCCAGCCCUCUCCACAUGGCCGUUCAGAGUGGUGACUUGGGCAUGAUUAAAAUGUGCCUAGACAACGGUGCCCAGGUAGAGCUGAUGGAGAACGGGAAGUGCACAGCCCUUCAUUUUGCUGCCACCCAAGGGGCCACUGAGAUUGUAAAACUGAUGAUAAACUCCUACUCUGGUAGCAGCGAUAUUGUCAACGCAGUGGACGGAAACCAGGAGACGCCGCUGCACAGGGCCUCAUUAUUUGAUCACCAUGAACUAGCAGAGUACUUAAUUUCAGUGGGAGCAGAUAUUAAUAGCACUGAUUCUGAAGGACGCUCUCCCCUGUUACUAGCGACGGCUUCGGCAUCUUGGAAUAUUGUAAAUCUGCUCCUCUCUAAAGGUGCCCAAGUAGACAUAAAAGAUAAUCUUGGACGUAAUUUCUUGCAUUUGACUGUACAGCAACCUUAUGGAUUAAGAAAUUUGCAACCUGAGUUUAUGCAGAUGCAACACAUUAAAGAGCUGGUAAUGGAUGAAGACAACGAUGGGUGUACUCCUCUACAUUACGCAUGUAGACAGGGGGUCCCUGUCUCUGUAAAUAACCUACUUGGCUUUAAUGUGUCCCUUAAUUCCAAAAGCAAAGAUAAACAAUCACCCCUACAUUUUGCAGCCAGUUAUGGGCGCAUCAAUACCUGUCAGAGGCUCCUGCGAGACAUGAGCGAUACAAGGCUUCUGAAUGAAGGUGACCUUCAUGGAAUGACUCCUCUCCACCUGGCUGCAAAAAAUGGGCAUGAUAAAGUUGUCCAACUUCUUCUGAAAAAAGGUGCCUUAUUUCUCAGUGACCACAGUGGCUGGACUGCUUUGCAUCACGCUUCCUUGGGCGGGUACACCCAGACCAUGAAGGUCAUUCUUGACACUAAUUUGAGGUGCACAACCGAUCAGGUUGACGAAGAUGGGAACACAGCGCUGCACUUGGCUGCAAGGGAAGGCCACGCCAAGGCUGCCGCCCUCCUCCUGAGCUACGACGCGGACAUCCUCCUGAACCGGCAGCAGGCCUCCUUUCUGCACCUGGCCAUUCACAACAAGAGGAAGGAGGUGGUUCUUAUGACCAUCAGGAACAGAAGAUGGGAAGAAUGUCUUAGGGUUUUUAGUCAUAAUUCUCCAAGCAACAAAUGUCCAGUCAUGGAAAUGGUAGAAUACCUCCCCGAAUGCAUGAAAGUGCUUUUAGAUUGCUGCAUGAUGCCCUCCACGGAAGACAAGUCCUGCCGAGACUACCAUAUCGAGUAUAACUUCAGAUAUCUUCAAUGUCCGUUAGAAUUCACGAAGAAAAAUGCACAGGAUGUUACAUAUGAGCCUCUCACAACCAUCAAUACAAUGGUACACCAUAACCGCAUAGAGCUUCUCAACCAUCCUGUGUGCAAAGAAUAUUUACUUAUGAAAUGGUUGGCUUAUGGGUUUAGAGCCCAUAUUAUGAACCUAGGAUCUUAUUGCCUUGGUCUCCUGCCUAUGACCUUUCUUGUUGUCAAUAUAAAGCCAGGUAUGGCUUUCAACUCAACUGGAAUCAUCAAUGAAACUAGUGAUCGUUUAGAAAUAUUAGACACCAAGGAUUCAUAUUCUAUAAAAGUUUGUAUGAUUUUAGUUUUUUUAUCAAGCUUAUUUGGAUAUUGCAAAGAACUGGUCCAAAUUUUCCAACAGAAAAGGAAUUACUUAUUGGAUCAGAGCAAUGGAACUGAAUGGGUUAUCUACACAACGAGCAUCAUUUUCGUGUCGCCCUUGUUUAUUGGAAUACCAGCUCACGUGCAGUGGCAAUGUGGAGCAAUUGCCAUUUACUUCUAUUGGAUGAACUUCUUAAUGUAUCUUCAGAGAUUUGAGAACUGUGGGAUUUUCAUCGUUAUGUUGGAGGUAAUUAUGAAGACUUUGUUAAGAUCCACAGUCGUGUUUAUCUUCCUCCUUUUGGCCUUUGGACUCAGCUUUUAUGUCCUCUUGAAUAUACAGGAUGCUUUCAGCACUCCAUUGCUUUCCAUAAUCCAGACCUUCAGCAUGAUGCUAGGAGACAUUAAUUAUCGCGAUGCCUUCCUGGAGCCGUUUCUGAGAAAUGAACUGGCAUAUCCACUUCUGUCCUUUAUACAGCUCAUUACCUUCACAAUGUUUGUCCCAAUCGUCCUCAUGAAUUUACUUAUUGGUUUGGCAGUCGGGGACAUUGCCGAGGUCCAGAAGCACGCCCUGCUGAAGAGGAUUGCCAUGCAGGUGGAACUCCAUACCAACUUAGAGAAGAAGCUGCCUCUCUGGUUCUUACGCAAAGUGGAUCAGAAGUCCAUCGUCGUCUAUCCCAACAGAGCCAGAUACAGCCGAGGGUUGCUGUGCAUAUUUCAUCAACUUUUUUGCACCCAAGAAGUAAGACAAGAAAUACCAAAUGCGGAUACAGCUUUAGAAGUAGAAAUAUUGAAGCAGAAAUACCGGCUGAAGGACGUGACUUCUCUUCUGGAAAAACAGCACGAGCUUAUUAAACUCAUCAUUCAGAAGAUGGAAAUCAUCUCGGAGACAGAGGAUGAAGAUAACCAUAGUUCUUUCCAAGACCGGUAUAAGAGAGAGCAGCUGGAGCAAAGGAAUAGCAAGUGGAAUUCUGUGCUGAAAGCAGUGAGGGCCCAAACGCAGAACCCUUAGCAGGAGUCACCCUUAGCAGUGGGCUUCCUGCGUGUGCAUCUCCUGCAUGUUAACACACAUGCACAGAUACACACACUGAUCUCCAGUGUGGAGAGAGGAUAAAGCAGAAAGCUGAUUCUGUUUUUCUCCCUCUGAAACCGCAUCCUGUGUAGAAGUAAACUAUCUCCUUCUAAUCACAUUUCCUGCCAGUCCCUCUGCAUUGGGAAUAUCCUUGCUGAUAUGUUCAAGUUGGACUUUACCUCUCACUAUUUGAAUGGGUGGAAAGUGAUUUGCUAGAACAUGCAUUUUUGAUGAUAAGGAGUAAUAAAUGUAACUGUUGAGCUAGAAUGCAAAUGUCAA